CAAUACAUACAUAUCUACGAUGUAUAUAUACUUAUAACAAAAUUCGUUGUUCCUCUUUGUUUUUAAUUACUAAUUCGUUGUAGUUAUAGAAAUGUUGGUAAAAUAACUUCAAAAGUUUGAAAUAAAAUAUUUUAUCUUUACAAAAAUGUCGCAUAUACAAGAUAGCUUAGUUGAAAGAAAUAGUGAAUUGAAUAGACCUUCCACUUCAGCUCUGUCCACGUCGCAAUCUUUAAAUUUAAAAAAUACUGAAAAUAAAAAAAUUAACGAACCUGUUUCUACACAAAUAUUUUCGAAUAUGGAUAUAGUGAGUGCAGUGUCAUCUCGGUGCCAAAAUUUAAAUAUAAGUGAUAUACAUGAAGUAAACAGAAAGGAGCACAACGCACUUGUGACUGCGCCUUCGAAAAAGAAAAAUGCGCAAAAGAAAGAAAAGUUAAAACAAUUACAAAUGCCUACAUCAAACACAAGUGAAGUUGACCGUCCAGUUCUAAGCAGUUCUGUGCAAGAAUUCUUUAUGAGUCAUGUAACACCAAUGUAUGCUACUAAAAGUACGAGAUAUCUAGAAAAUCUUAGUUAUCAUCCACAAUAUCAGUACAUGAAUAAUACAAGAGAUAUUUCGCAAAAUCCACACCAUCCAAGAAGUGUUCCUAGUUCCCCUUUAUUACAAAAUGGGCACAUACAGAAUUCAGUGAGCAUAUCAAACACUCCAUUUGUCGUGUCUCAACCUACAACACCUACAUCUAUACAAAAUGUAUUGCAACAUCCUUUGUUAAAUUACUCAAUAUUAGUUCACCAAAAUAAAUAUGGACAAAAUCCAAGUUCCUCCCAACCUAAUCCAAAUGUGUCGGUAAUAAAAAAUUCUCUAAAAAAUAUUAAAAGUUCUCCAAAAUGUAUGCAAAAUAAUAAAAUAAAGCAAAAGAAUAAUGAUGAAAAAAAAUUUGAUCCAUAUUUAUCUAUAGAAGAAGUAGAAUUGGGUUUGAAAAACAAUAGUUUAAUUGAAGGUGUUUUGAGAAUAAAUCCCAAACAAUUUCAACAUGCAUAUGUGUCAAGUACUGAUCGUAGUGGACAAGAUGUUCUUAUAGAUGGAAUUAAAAAUCGUAACCGAGCUUUGGAAGGAGACAUUGUGGUAGUACAGAUAAUACCAGAUAGUGACAAUGAAGAUAAUACAGAUGAUAGUAAACAAAAGAAGGGAAAAGUUGUAUAUAUUAAAGAAAAAGUUCAUACUAGAACUUGUAUUGGAAUAUUGAAAUUAAUGCCAGAUAAAAAUAGGCAAAGAGCUUUGUUUGUUCCUCGUGAUCAUAGAUUACCAAGAUUGAAUAUACCAUUUACAUGUUGGCCUGAUAAUUUCUAUCAGGAUGCUAAAAGUUAUGAAAAUACAUUAUUUUUAGCAAAAAUAAUAGAUUGGUUUGAUACUAGAUUUGCUUUGGGAAAAAUUGAAUGUAAUAUAGGACAGUCUGGUAAUAUGAAGACAGAAACGCAAGCUAUAUUAGCACAAACAGAUUUAGAUAUCACACCUUUUGGACCUGAAGUCAGAGACCUAUUCCCUCGUUUGGAUUUUGUUAUACCUGAAGAAGAAAUUAAGUUGAGGGAAGAUUGUCGUGCGCUAUGUUUAUUUAGUAUAGAUCCAUUUAAUUGUCGGGAUAUUGAUGAUGCUGUUUCAUGUAAGGAGCUAGAUAAUGGAAAUUAUGAAAUUGGUGUUCAUAUUUCAGAUGUUGCUCAUUUUCUUACUGAAGACACUAUACUUGAUGAAAUGGUGGCAGACAAAGCAACUACCAUAUAUUUAGUAGAGAAAGCAUAUCACAUGUUGCCAGAUGAGUUGUGUAUGCUGUGUUCUCUUUUUCCUGGGGUUGAUAAACUUGCUUUUUCUGUAUUUUGGGAAGUAACUAAGGAUGCAAAAAUACUCAGUCACAGAUUUUCAAAAACUGUAAUACAUUCUUGUUGUCAACUAGCUUAUGAUCAUGCACAGGCAAUUCUAGAGGAUAAAGUUGAUGCUAAAGAUAUAUUCCCAGAAACUUACAAUGGAUUUAAAUAUUCUGAUAUAUAUAAGUCAAUUCAAAUGUUAGGUAAAAUUUCUUCUAUACUCCGUAAGAAUAGAUAUGAGAAUGGUGCAUUAAGGAUUGAUCAACCCAAAGUUGUAUUUCAAUUAAAUAGUUUGAGUGGGCUGCCAGAUUCUUUCUGCAUCUAUGAAAGUAAAGAAAGCCAUCAACUUAUUGAAGAAUUUAUGUUGCUGACAAAUAUGACUGUUGCAAAACGAAUUUAUGAAGAUCAUCCAAAUCUAGCAUUUUUGCGUAGCCAUCCACCACCUAGUACAUAUAUGUUGAAGGAGUUAGCUAAAUCAUUACAACCACUUGGGAUUGAUUUGGAGAUAUCUUCUGCUGGUGAUCUACAUCGCUCUUUAUUGCCACAUGUAGGACCUGAAUGUACAGAUAAAGGCAAAGCCAUGGUAUUGAAUAUGUUAUGUGCAAAGCCAAUGACUAGAGCGAAGUAUUUUUGUGCUCAUGGUUGUGAUGAUGAUGAUUUCCAUCACUAUGCUCUCAAUGUGCCUUUGUAUACACAUUUUACCAGCCCCAUCAGACGUUACGCAGAUAUAAUGGUUCACAGAUUAUUGGCUGCCAGCCUGCGAUAUAGAGAUGUACCUACAUGGGAAAUAGAUAAAGUACGAAAGAUAGCAGCACAAUGCAAUAAACAGAAGUACAAUGCUAAAAAAGCAGGUGAAAUGUCCACAGAACUAUAUACUUUAAAAUAUAUUGAAAUGAAUUCACCACUAUUUACUCAAGCUGUUGUUGUUGACAUACGAGAAAAGUAUAUAGACGUAAUUAUAGUAAUUAUGGGAUUGAAUAGAAGAAUAUUCUUCAAUAACGAUUUUCCGGGUCAAUAUAAAUGUAUAAAAAAUGAAGCUGGAAUGAAGCUCUCCAAAAUGGAAUUGACUUGGCAAGCAACAGACGAUUUGCCUCAAAUAAACCAACUAAUAGAAGUUUUCUCUAUUUUACAAGUUGAAUUAAAUAGAGAUGAUGAUAUGGUGAAAGUAGAAACUAAGUUAGUACGACCUAAAUAGCAAAUUUAGGUCUUUUAUAAUUUUAUUUGAAAUUAAUGCAUUACUACUUGACAAUAGAUUGCAAAAAUUUUAUACAAUCUGUGAAUAAAAUGAUACGAUAAUUUUUUACUUACAUUUGUUAAGUAAAUUUAUAAAAUUGUGAUAAUAAAUUCUGAAAUUUAUUUUUUUAAUCUGUACAAUAAGAUUUUAAUCUUUGCUUUUUAUUUAUUAGGAUACAAAACGUAUACCUAUGUGGAAUUUCUUGAAAUAAUAUUUCUUUAAAUAUACUGGUUUUACUUUUAUAUAAAUUGUAAUACAAUAAAGACUAUAUACAGACUGUGUUAUUUUAGCUUAAUAUUUUAAUUGCAUUUUAAAAAUUGUUCUUUUGUACUUAUAUCUAUAUAGCCUGUAAAAAUAUUGUGCGCCAUGUUUGUGAGGGGCAUAGGUAAAGGUAUUGUAUUAGUAUAGGUAAACUGGCAGGCGUACUCUUUUGUUCCUUGCUUCAUUACUCCUCCUCCUGCAAGUCUCGUGCACCUUUACUAGAAAGUAUCGAGAACAUAAUUGACAGGCUAUAGUUAUCGAUAGUUUUUUAAACAAAACCAUAAAAAUUGCACAGUAGAUAUUUGUGUUGUAAAUGGUUACUAGCCGGUAUCCAUAAUUUUUAAUGACUAUUCGACAUCUAUUUAUAUUAGAACACGAUGGUUGACCAUUUCAUUUCGUGUAACUUAUAACUUUUAAUAUAACGAAUUUGGAUUUACAUAAUAUUCAAGAAUUUUAAUUUUGGAUUCCUCACUGAUAUUUGUUUGUGUUUUUUUAUGUUUCAUUAAUGAAAUUAUUUUAGUAGAACAUUAGAAAGUCAUAACAUUUUAUUGUGUAAAUACUUACUGGGCAUCUAAAAAAUUACCUACAGCUCGGAAACCAGUUGCAGACAUAUAAUAUUACAAGUAUUUAAACGGUUUAAUUGUAGGAGGUUGUUUAAAUUCCCAUUGAUAAGGAUUCUGUCAGUAUGGGUAUCACAUCAAGCAUCUACAUUUAUUAUAUAUUUAUUUUUGCAUGAUAAUCCCUCCCUGUCUGGUGGUGCCCUUUCUAAUGUAUUCAAUGUCAUGCUCAAUCAUGUUGUUAUGUAUUCCUAAUGUUUAAUUAAUAAAAAAAGCGACUAGAUAAGUA